AUGGUGGACUUUCGACACCCAUGUGAUGAUAUGGUGGACUUUCGACACCCAUGUGAUGAUAUGGUGCACUUUCAACACCCAUGUGAUGAUAUGGUGGACUUUCGAAACCCAUGUGAUGAUAUGGUGGACUUUCGACACCCAUGUGAUGAUAUGGUGCACUUUCGACACCCAUGUGAUGAUAUUGUGGACUUUCGAUACCCAUGUGAUGAUAUGGUAGACUUUUAA